AGCUUCGAGCUCCGAUAUGAUGCACAAUAUCCUGAUCCUCCUAAAACAUCUCUAGAUGCGGCUAUUGAACGAUGGAAACUCGCAAACGAUGAUAAAAAGCCAACGCUUGAUGACUAUGACAACAUUCGCGACGAAUGGCGAUCAAAAGAUCGCGUGACAAAACUCCUCGGUAUAUUCUCAUCGAAACGAUUGUUUGCUGACUGGAAAGUCGCAGAACCGGAUGAUUCCAAAAGAGCUAAGGUGACGUGGAAAUAUUUCGUGACAACAAUGCAACAGCACUACAAAGCAACAGAAAAUCUUACACUUAAAAACCACCAGUUCUGGUCUUUGGCACAGGACGCCCAUGAGUCAUUUCCGACAUUUUGUAAUCGCGUAUGUAAAGCAGCUCAACACUGA